AACAAUUCAGGAAAAUUUUGUUUUUUAGUGCCCCAUCGGUGCGUGCCUUUUUAGGCCGGAAAAUUCGUUUUCCUCGCAAAAUGAUUGGACAACUCAUUAAGCGCCAGGUUACGACCAGCCCCCGGUACCUGUUUUGCACCGUACCAUGCCGGUCAAUCAAGGUGGACAGCACCACGAAACUCGGCUUUCCGUGCACCUACAGCGAGGAGGAAACGAAAAAGAUCCUUAACACACUCAACGAACAGGAUGUUGAAGAACUGUACAAGUACAACAUCUCCAAGUACCGGCUGAAAAAGAUCGAAGGAUGGCGCAAAAAGUUCGGUGGCUUUCUGUCACUCGAACAGGUGCUGGAACUGGACGGGUUCGGUGUAACGGUACUGCGCAAGUUCUACGACUCCAUCGUCCACGGCCCGAAAGCGGAUGCGGUGGUGGCACCGAAAGUGAAGGAAGUCAAGUUCACCACCCCGGCACUGGCAGCGCAGGUAGCUGGCCGUGUCACGAGCUGUGUUUCGCUGUACGUUGGGCUGGACUACGUUACCUGGGCACGGUUCAAGGUGACCAAGGACCAACCGACAGCACUGACCGGCUGGAACAGCUACAACAUCUCCGACCGGAAGCUACACCUGGCCGAACUGAUCCGGAACGUGACACACAUUAACCAGUUAAUACCGGAGGCGGAUGUGUACGUCGUGGAGAAUCCGCCCGUAGCACAAGCCACAGCCAUGGGAUCGGCAGUACAGACUAACAUCAACGUGCAACGAUCGCAACUGAUCGGUAUGUUGAUGCUGAUGCUAGCAAAUCGCCCUACGAGCUUCAUCCAACCCCACCAGCAGACGAACGGUGAUGGCGAGUCCGGUGGGCUAGAUGGCGAGGGAGUACCACCAUCAACCGGGAGCAACGUGUUUUUCCUGAAGCAGUACCUAUCCGCACGAUUGUUUGGAAUUUUCGUUGGCAAUGAGCGCGUUUCGGCGGAGGAAGUCGUACGAUCGCUAAUGGAUCGUGAGAUUGGGCCGAACGAAGACGAUAACCUCCAGUUGGUGCAAUCCCGGCUUGCCAUACCGGUCGGUCUGCGAAUCAUCUACGACGAGAACGAUCGUGCCGAGCGAGAGUUUCUCGGACAAUCGCUUCUGCUUGGGUUAACCUUUCUGCGGCUGUGUGUCUUCAAGUGUGAGGACAGUUUAAAGUUGUUCCGCCGAUAAACCCCAGCGCGCGUCUGUGAUAGAAGGUGGCACCAAAAGGAGUCUAGAAAGUGAACGGAAAUGGUGUAUGUAUGUUUGGAAGCGAGUAAAUGAUAGUUUAUAGUGUUGAAUUCGAAUCAGCGCGAUCACUUA